AUGGCAACAAUCCGUCGAUUGAUUAUUGAUGGUGUUCCACCCCAAGCCUCAUUAUCAGACGUCUACCAUGUAUUUGGAAAGUAUGGAUGCAUCUCAGACCUUGUUCCUUACAAAUCAAAAUAUUUAAUCACAUAUGCCACCUGCAAACAAGCAGAAAGGGUGUUCAAUGUACUCAAUAACAAGCACUAUCCAAACUCCAACAAAACAUUGACCAUAAAGUUUGCUGAAUAUAAACCACCGAACUGUCUCUCCGUUUUUAACUUCUCUUCUGAAGACCAAAGCAAGCUUGAAGAAUACUUCAAAGAAAUUUCUGGUUUUGACCACAUUUACUUCCUUUCAACCCGUCAUGGCUUUUGUUCUUUCGGAUAUGUAACAUUUAAUCGCUCAAUUAACAUGAAGUUAGCCAUUAACAAAGCUCCCAGGUUCAGUUCUUCAAAGAAAAAGAUCUAUUAUGAGGAAACUCCGUUCAUAGAACCAAAUCAAGAGAAUUUACUUGAAAUGGCUCAUAAAUUCGAAAGCAGAUGUCUCGUAAUCAACGAUUUACUCACGAAUCCAGGCGAAAAACUCAUCGAAAGUGCAUUUUCUCAAUUUGGAAUUGUAAAUUUUGUCGAAAUCCGAAACAGAUUCAACUUUUUCAUAGUUAAAGUUCUUAUGGACACUCAUGAGAAUGCACGCCGUGCCAUGAGAGAGCUCAAUUACAUGUAUUUCGGUGAAGAAAAUCUUCCACUCCAUAUCUAUCCAUAUUUCAACGUCAAUUUAUCACACGAUCGCAAGCUUGGCCUUAUUACUCUCAACGAAAUCGAUUGUACGUUCAAUUGUUCCGAGAUUUACAACAGAUAUGAUCAAUUCGGCGAACUUUACGCCGCCUGUGUCUGUCCAUGCGCCAAUGCCUUUAUUCUUGUUCUCCUGUACAACGAUUACUCAUCAGCCAAGUCCGUGCUCAACGACAGCGACGAGAAAAACGUUUUUCUGUUUCCGGCGGUUCCAUUGGUCCAUGGAAUAAGGUUUUUCCACUCGGAGAGAAAAGACCUUCAUCCGAUGCUUGUCACUUUUGGUCAUUUAAAACUUCCAGAUAAUUUAUUACGGAAGUCAUUUUCUUCGGACAAUUUUCAAGUUAUGAUCGAUAAUUUUUAUACGAUCAAUUACAAGAACGUUUCGAAGAUAUGCGUGACCAAGUACAAGAACAUAUGGUCGCUAAGGAAAUCCAUUGAGGAUUUCGUCAAAAAACAAAAUACAAAUUACGAAAUUGUCGAUGGAUCGCCAUUAUCCAAGCUGUUCGAGUACGUAAUGACAAUGCCUAUACCGUUGGAAUGGAAAGGAAAGCUCUUCUACCUCAAAAACGUUGGAGAAAAAAUUAAUAAUUUAAAUUUGAGGUUGAAACUGGAAAAAAUAUGCCACGUUGAAGCUGUUAUUAACUUCUACCCCAACUAUACACUAGCGUUGUUCGAUGAUAUGGUAGAUCCUGAAAAUCCGGAAUUUUUAAACUUAUUUACGAAUCCGAUCAAACUGGAAGAGGCAAUGAACCAAACUAUAACACCUAUGACGCCGAGAAGUAUGAGCCAGGGUGAAAUUUGGGCAAAAUUCCAGCCAAGACAGCAGAUUCUGGAUUAUGUCAAAGAAAAUGAACCAGUUUUGCUGGAUAAGGCAAAGAAGAGACUGGAAAGCCUAAGUAGAAAGGAAAUUGACGCUUUGAUACCUUAUUGCGAAUCAACUUUAGAUGAAUUUUUGAAUUCUAUCAGAUCUUGA